CGGCCGACUGUCCUGUCUUCUGUCGCAUAGUGUGCGUUCGAUUCUGUCGUUCUUAUGCCACACGGCCGCAAAAUUUGACUCACUCGAUGUUUGCGGAGACUUCAAUUAUUUACCGCUAGAUCUGUACGCGCGUGAAGUGGAGCAAGGCGUUCUCGGAGUGUGCCAUUAAUUAGAGCAUUUGCGUGACGAGGCUUCCCGUAUUUCUGAGCAAUUGCCUUGAUAAGGAGAGUGAAUCGUAAGUGCACCGCGUCGCGAAAUUUUCGGGACAAUCGCGUUUGACGUAUCGUUGAUUUGUCCGCAACGCUGCUGGUCCGGGAAGAUCUAUCCCAUGGAAAUGGUCUAGAAAAACGAAGCUGGAAGACAGCGAUAAGAGUAUGACGUUUUACAAGUGGCUGCAGCGGAGGGAACAUGGGUUUCGUCCCGUUCUGGGUGAUGAGGAUUUUGUUCACAAAUGCAUUUACAACUCCUUCAAGUUGUAUAAAACAUGGAAUAGUUGCGGCAAAACCGGCAACAGCGACUUUGGAGGAAUAUUCAAUCUGGAAUUCUCCCCGGACGGAAAUCUGCUUGUGGCUGCGUGUGAAAAGAAGUCGAUAGGACUUUUCGACCCAGUCACAACUAAACACACAAAAACAAUAAAUAACGCCCACUUAGAUAGUGUCAACUGCAUUAAGUUUUUGGAUAAUCGUAUAUUUGCAACGUGUUCCGACGAUACAACGGUAGCGAUAUGGGACACACGAAACUUGAAGAAGAAGAUCCGAAGUCUACAAGGACACUCAAAUUGGGUUAAAAACAUUGAAUAUUCACAGAAAGAUGGAUUGCUUGUUACCUCUGGAUUUGACGGAAGCAUCUUCACUUGGGAUAUAAAUUCGUACACAGAACAAGGCUUCAUCUAUCACAAAGUUUUUCAUACAUCGGGUCUCAUGCGAUGUCGAAUAUCGCCGGAUGCAUCGAAAAUGGUCAUUUGUACUACUGGCGGUUACUUAAUUAUUAUACAUGAUCUUGAUUUGACUACGCUUGCAAAGGAUCUAUGCGGUUUUAGACCGAAUAUUUAUCGACUUAUGCAGCUAGGACGACAAUUCAUUCCACAGGCAGCAAAAUUCGAUCACGUUUUUUCAAAGACGCAGAAAAGGAAUCGGGUAGAGCUAAUCAGUGAUUUUCCAGAAAGAAAUGAUGCCGAAGUUGUUUGUGCGCUGCAGAUACAUCCACAUGGUUGGUGUGUGCUAAGUCGCAAUAUAAGCUAUGAUGAAGGAUCUGAAUGGAGUUGCAUCCACGAUAUUCUCGAGAAAGAGGAGGAAGAUUAUCUUCCUAACGAACAAGUAAAAAAACGGAAGUUGAGUGAAUCAGAUGAUCUGUCGCCCACCUCUAACAGGGCAGGCAAUAGUAGCUUUAGCAGCAGCAAUUUCGAAAGUACAUCAAAUCAAAAUGAAUCUGAAACCAACCGUGGUUCGACAAAUAACCGAAAUGAAGCCUUGGUUCCGGAUAUAUGGGCGGCCGAAGUCACAGUACAAGAUCGUGCUUGCAGAAUCCAUCAACGUAGAUAUCGAGACUCAAAUUCAACAAAUGCUUACGCUUACGUCUACGCAAUAAGCAGCGGUGUGAUACCACAGUCGUCCUUACGUUCAUCCGUCAGCCGAAGAAGUAACUUAAGCGCAGCCAGCACCGAUGGCGAAACGUCCAAUCCUGAAGACCAGGAGCCACAAAGUCCUGUCCAAAUUAACUACAUGUCAUUUUGUAAUCGGAAAAUUUACCAAAAUGUUAGUCGACUUCUUUACUAUAUUGAAGAGCCAAAUAAGGGUAGAGGAUUCAUCAAGGAACCGUCGUUCUCGGCAGACGGGAGAAUCAUCUGUUCACCAUACGAAGAAGGAUUCCGCUUACUUGCCUUCAAUGAAGACUGCUCUGAACUUCCAAUCGCUUGCGAUUCACCACAAAAGAAUCCUAAACAGCUUAAAGUAAUUAAAAGUGUCACAUGUCAUUCAGAUAUAGUUGUUAGUACUAAAUUUAGUCCACGUUAUCCAUUAUUAGUGAGUGGAUGCUUAAGGGGUAAAAUUGUAUGGCAUCAUCCAGAUUUUUGAGAAAUAAAUGCUUGAUAAAAUAAAUGAA